GGCCAAAAAGCUUAUAACAGAGUGUUUACUUUCAAACUCAUCUCUCUCUCUCUCUCUGCUAAAUCCAUUUUUUCAUGCAAAACUUAUCAUCAACAUCUGUCACUCUUCUUCCACGCGUCCAUUUUCCUCUCCCUUUAUAUUCACUCCCAUAUUCUCCUCUCUUUUCUCAUUCAACAUUUAUAAUAUACCAUUCACUCUUCAAUUAAUUUAAUUUUUUUUAAUAAAUAAAUAAACGCCACCGUCCAUGGCUGAGCAACACUCCCGCGCCCAGCAGCAGCAAAUGCAAGCUCACCCAACGGAUCCCAUCAAAAGCCUUGUCCCUCAAAAUGUUCCUUCAAAAUCCCAAAUCCUUGCCGUCGUCACUCUCUUCCCUGUCGGUGGAGCUCUCCUCUGCCUCGCCGGUCUAACACUGGUCGGAACUCUGAUCGGACUCGCCGUUGCUACCCCGGUUUUUCUGCUUUUCAGUCCGGUUUUGGUCCCGGCGGCACUCACGAUCGCGCUGGCCGUUACAGGAAUUUUGACGUCUGGAGCGUUUGGGAUAACGGCGCUUUCGUCGUUGUCGUGGAUGAUUAAUUACAUGAGGAGAAUGAGGGGAACAGCUGGAGAACAGAUGGAGCAUGCGAAACGGAGGGUGCAGGAAUCAGCUGCUGGACAAAUGGGACCGAGAACCGGCCAGAAGGAUGCUACUCCUACUACUAGAAUGCUGUUGUGAAAUUCUGAUGAGAUAAAUCUGGAAUAGUCUUAAUUUCUGUGUUUUUUCAAAAUAUUUAAUCUUUCUAUGUAUUAUUAUGUAUACUUAUGUGUUGUAUUUAAUGUAUCUUUUUUAAGUGUUUAAUUUGCACCGUUUUGUUUUUAUAGUGCAAUAAUAAAAAUCUGAGUUUUUGUG